AUGAUCGGCGUCGGCGCCGUCAACGAGUCCAAGCGCGCGAUGCUCGUGUCGGGCAUCGCGGGGUUCGUGUCCGGCGCCUGCAGCAUGGCCAUCGACGAGUUCGUGUCCGUGUACGCGCAGUACAACAUCGAGGUGGCCCAGAUCAAGCGCACCCGCGACGUCGACGGGGGCAGCGGCGACAGGAGCAACCUGCCGAGCCCGACGCUGGCGGCGGGCGCGUCGGCCCUGGCAUUCGCGGCGAGCGCCGCGCUGCCGCUUCUGAGCGGCGGGUUCGUGCGGACGUGGGCGGGCAGGGUAGCGGCCGUGUGCCCGUCGGCCGCCGGUGAGUGCCUCAACACCGCCCGACGGCGAACACCGGCUUCCCGGUGUCCUUCUCGUAGUGCUCGAGAUCGGCGAACGAGUUGA